GGUUUAUUUAAAUAUAGCCCAAUUCGUGAUGAAUAGGUAGUGAAACUUUCAUCCAAAGCAAAUGGCUUAUAAAGCUAAAGAAAUAAAAUCUUCCAUAACAAGUCCUCGAUGGUCUAACGGUCAUGAUUUCCGCUUGUCAAUCCCAGUUGGGAACAAGCGCGGGAGACCUGGGUUCGACUCCCAGUCGGGGAGACUUCUUUUUUGUUCAUACAUUUUUACCUGUUGACUCUCCUUGCUUCUUCCUUGACUUGCUGUUCC